AUGCAGGCAGAGCUUGAUCCAAGAGAUGAAGCCAGCCGCAUGGCAGCUGAAGCUGAACAGGCAGAUCACAAAUCGAUGGAUCCCGAUGCAAUCGCGCGCGAGGAACAGCACUUGCCCAAAGAGGCAAUCCCGUCCAGACAAGAUUGCCCAGAGAUACACUGCGAGAAGUGUGCUGAGUGCCCAUCGUGCCCCACUUGCCCCUCCUGUCCGCAUGGUUUUAGGCACCCGGAAGGUGAUGAAGGCACACCACCGCCAGUCGCAGGGAAGGUAGUCUGCAACCGGAUGGAGAACAACUGUCCAUUCUGUCCGGCGUGCCAGUGUCCGGAGUGCCCUAAGAAGUGUCAGCCAUGCUUGAAGAGGGUGCCAAACGACCCGCCGACAGUGAAACUGGAUGCGAAUGGCCAAGUGAAAGCUGCCGACGGCUCACCGGUGAACCCGCUUGUGCAAGCGAUCAACGACGAUGUGAAAGAGCAUGCGUAG